GUUCAUUGCAUGUAAACACACAUGAGUCGGCAUGUGCAUCGAAAAUGGCGUCAAGAAUGAGAAAUUGGUUAUUUUCUGAAAUGACGAUCAUAUUAGCGAUUUUAAUUCUCUCAUGUGAAGUGACAAAUGCGGUAACCAGUCCAAGAGCAGGCACAAUGUACACCACUGAUUCCGAAACCACACAAGAUCUUGUUGUCACAACAAUAUAUGGCAGCCAAACGGACACAACAACCGAUAUUGUUUCUGCAAACGAACCUUCAAUUUCUCAGACCUUGUCAAGAAUAGGAACAAGUCCAUUGGUCUCUCAAGAUAUGGAGACAACGGAAGAAACAACUAAAGAAACUGGCAACUUCACCGAUAACAACCCAACAGCUGCAUCUACGACAGCUCAGACUUCUUCAACUGACUUUGUGACCAACGAUGUGAAAAUCACAACGGAAUUCAUUAACGUUACAUUGAACAGAAGUGAUGUUACCACAACUACGGAUGCCGUCACAGACGCUACCACAGGUAUUGGGAUUAUAAACAGUACAGACUUUAUAACCGAGAUUGUAAACGUAACAGAGAUCGUUACAUAUUUCGAGACAGUUACAGAUGACGUAAAUAAUACUGACACUACCACAGAUAUCGCGACAGAUAUAAGCACGAUCGAUGCUAGUACGCAAUUUAUUACUGACAUCGGAACUAUAUAUGCAACUGAAAUUGUGACAGAAGUUGUAACAGAAAUCGUGACAGAAUUUGUAACAGAUACCGACAUCAUCAACGCUACAGAAGUUGCAACAGAUGGUGGAACGAUAAACGUCACCGAUCUUGUUACAGAUUUUAUCACUGAAAUUCAAACAAUUAAUGUCACUGAAUUUGUCACCGAAAUUACGACAGAAUUCAGCACUAUCGAUGCUACAGAGAAUGUAACUGAUAUCGUAACGAUAAACGUCACUGAUACUGUCACAGAUUUUAUCACUGAAAUUCAAACAAUUGAUGUCACUGAAUUUGUCAGCGAAGUUACGACAGAAUUCAGCACUAUCGAUGCUACAGAGAAUGUAACUGAUAUCGUCACGAUAAACGUCACUGAUGUUGUCACGGAAAUAGUGACAGUUAAUGCCACCGAAGUCAUCACAUCUAGCUUUCCAAACGAAACUGACUAUGCUACUGAGUUGACUACAUUGGUAGAUCCUGAUGCCACCGAAGUCAUCACAUCUAGCUUUCCAAACGAAACUGACUAUGCUACUGAGUUGACUACAUUGGUAGAUCCUGUAUCGACGGACGCAUCUAUGACGACUCUUGAUGAGACUACACAUCAUAGCCCUCUCAUUACCGGGAUCACCUUGGUAACUGAUGCCAUUAUGACUUCAUUGACCACUCUAUUCGCAACGGAUCAUCCAACCGUUGAAACGACUGAAGCGAUGUCAACAGAGGACACUACUUCAUCAGAAUCCACGCCAGCGAAAGGAACAACGUUGUUUCCAACGACCACCACUACCGAUCCAACGACAACCCAAUUGUUUUCGACAGUGAUCACCACUGCAUCAGCGUCCUCGCCAGCAAAAGAAACAACGCCUAUGUCAACGACUCCUUCAACAACCACCAAGAUUGAAUCCACAUCGGUGAUUCGGAUGACGACUGAAAGACGGAACGUCGAUGAUGAUCUGAAGGAUCUUGAAGAGACCCCAGUUACCGAGGAGAAUGUAGAGGAAAUCUCGAAGAACCUUGCUGAACUCACCGAAGACUCCGAAGACCUUACAUCUGAUGGAGUGGAAACCACUGCUGAGAUCUUAGGAAACAUCACCGCGCUAAACUCAUCAGAACCUGAGUUUUUAACUUCGGUGUAA